UUUUUUUUUUUUUUUUGCAGGUAAAGUGUGUUUUGAAGCGAAGUGAAGAAGUCAUAAAAGUAGCUAGUGUUUAUUGACUGUAUAAUAUUUGAAUUCUUUUCGAUCAAUAUUUUUGUGUGUGCUGGUUAAACGAGAUAUCUAGCGAAAGUAUGACAGAAAAACAAAUACUAAUACUGCAGAGAAAGCACUCAUUAUUUUAUAUUUUUGAGAAUAAUUAUUUCAAUCAAAUCUAAUAUUAUGUCAACAUUAGGCAUUAAGAAGCAUUUUAUGAAAUACUAGAACAAUAAUUUGAUUAUAGAAUCAUAAAAAAAUCAGAAUUCCCCCCCUUAAAGUAUAUGUUAUUCACCUUAACUUUUAAUCUAUAAUUGUUGGAUCAAAAGUGCUACUAGAAAAAUUUCUACAAAUACUGUGAGUUAUGUUUCCUUUUAUGAAAAUAAAUUUACGCGCAUUCUUAUUCACUCUCUAAAACUUUGUUUGGAAAACAUAUUUGCGUGGCACACAUUUUGAAUGCAGAGAUCUGUGUCAAAGUGUUGCAUAUCCAGCGAGCAGAAACUAUUGUUUACUUUUGUCGCUCUCCAUGCGUGAAGAGGCAUCUGGCAUAUAACUGUGAGUGAAAGAUCAGUGACACUUGUCAGCCUAAAGAUAGAUACAGGUACUAAAAUAAACAUACCCCUGCUAAACUCAUCAAGAUGCUAACCGAUCAAGACGUACUAAAUUUGGCACCCAGCCCGUCCCAUCACGGUUUUCCUAGAGAGAUUACUGACGGUGACAACAAUGUCUUUGAAGAAGUAGCGGGAGCCAGCACGCCGCCCGUUUCUCCCCGAUCGGGCCCCACGCCAGGCAUCAUUUUGACAGUGGAGGGGGAUGGGGAUCGCUCUCCUGAAGUUAUAAACGUGGUAGGAAGGCACGGCAGUCGGAGCAAGACAAGAUCCAGUCGCCGCGCCAUGCAGUCACCUGCGCACCAUCGCAGCCCAUCCAACUCCAGAAUUGCCAAGCAAAAUGGACAUAAACUCAGGGACCCUGCCUACUUGGCCGGCAGCGGGGUAAGCAGGUCCCAGUCCAUGCGAACGGCCCGAAGACCUCAAUCGGUUGAUCCAACCCAUCGAUUCAGGCAGCGAAUAGCCAGCAUCCCCAAUGAUAUGACUCUUCCUUCAGAUAGUUUUAAUGGUCAACGACUUGCAUCGAAUCAGUCUCUACCCUUACCAGGUGACGAAUCAGACUACAUGAGGUUGAGGAAUUUCGCUGUUACAAGUAAAGGCUUAGUUAACCGUGGAGAUUCCUUUAGAUCUAAAUCAAGGUCUUCGCAUAGUGUGGCUUCCAUAGGAGGCAGUGGACAAUUACCUUUAGCACCAGGACAGCCUAAAGAUGAUUCAAGCAUUAAUUAUCCUACUGCUGUUACUCCAAGUGGUCGGCGAGAAUCAUCCAAUGAAGCAGAUGCAAUUCAAGCUGAAGCUGCUGUAGCUGGUGCCAGUGGUUCAACGGAGAAUCCAAGAGUUAAUAGACACAGGGUCUUAGUAAUCGGACCACCUGAUGUUGGAAAAACAGCUCUCACAAAUCAGUUUAUGACGUCGGAAUACAUUUGCGCCUAUGAGAAUUCUCAAGCAUGACACUUGAUGACGUUUCAAUUGAGAUCAAGUUUGCAGCCUUGGAGAGAGAUUGAGUGAAAUUAUUGUCAUCUGUUCUUGUAGAUGCUCAUCUGUCAAUAGGGCUCUUUCGUUAUUAAUUUUCAACUUCGAAAAAAAUAUCUUCACAUAUAAAUAUAUUCCC